GCGCUAUGCUAAACCAAUUCAAUAAACCCAAGAAGAAGCAACAGGACCUUCCUUGGAAAAGGGUCAACAAAAUUGAAGCAGAACGAAAAUUGAAAUUAAAAUUAAAACCCUGUUAGAACCUUGGGUUUUGUUUAGAAUAUAUCGAAACUGAAUCGAAACACACAUCAAUGGAGGAAAAAGACGAAGGUAUUCCAAACAGAGAGCUCUAUGCUUUGCUUAACAUCUCCCCAGAUGCUUCUACCGAACAAAUCCGCAAAGCUUAUCGCCAGUGGGCUCAAGUCUAUCAUACUGACAAAUACCAAGCUUCUCAUAUGAAAGAAAUUGCUACAGAGAAUUUUCAGCGGAUAUGUGAAGCAUAUGAAAUACUCUCAGAUGAGAACAAAAGAAUGAUAUAUGAUAUCUAUGGUAUGGAAGGUUUGAACUCUGGUUUAGAACUUGGACCGAAGUUAAAUAAAGCUGAAGAAAUAAAAGAAGAACUUGAAAAGUUACGUCGCAGAAAGGAACAGGAAAAGCUGGCCCAUAUCCGACCUACUGGUUCUAUUAUGGCCAAUUUGUCAUUGCCAGACUUUUGUGAGGGUGAUGGCAUUAUGAAAGGAAUGGCCAUGGCCAGUGAGGUCCAAUCUCAAAUGUCCAAACGCAUUGCAGUUGCUAUUGGUGGGAACUUAGCUGUUACAGGCAACUCAGGUGGUGGGGCUGCUACUGCUGUACUUAAACACCAGAUAUCAUCAGUUGCUUCCAUUGAAUUCAUGGCAUCUGCUGGUUUGCGUUCAAUUAUUGGUAUAGAAACGACACGCCACUUAUCACCUCACUCCUCUGCCACUGCGGGACUUGCAAUGUCGCUAAAGGAUGGAUCAAUCAAUCUUUCUAAUUUAUGGACUCGCCAACUGUCUCAGACUUCAAAUGGCAAUAUACAACUUCUUCUGGGUACAGAAUCAUCUAUUGCUGUUGGAUGGCAGAAAAAAGAAGAGAAAAUGUCUGUUGCUGGAGAGAUAAAGUUUGGCACCAGCUCUUUUGGGGCUUCAGCUCAUUAUACUCACCGCUUUUCAUCUAAGUCUCAUGGGCGUAUAACAGGCAGAUUAGGAAGCAAUGCUCUUGAGUUCGAAAUUGGUGGGGGACGUAGAAUAUCUGAUUUCAGCACAGUGCGGAUGUUGUAUUCUAUAGGGAUUCAGGGUGUCUUUUGGAAGUUUGAGUUGCAUCGCGGUGGUCAAAAGUUGAUAGUUCCUGUUUUGCUUUGCAGGUAUAUAAACCCUUUUUUUGCAGCAGGGGCAUUUGCUAUUCCGACAUCCCUUUAUUUCGUACUUAAGAAAUUUGUUGCCAAACCUUAUUACCUUAAACGAGAGAAGCACAAGGCAGUAGAAAUCAUGGAGAAAACCUCAGGCCAGGUUCGUGAAGCUAGAGUAGCAGCAGCAAAGGCUCAGCAGCUAUUAGAAAAUGUGGCCAAUAGAAAGAUGAAUAAACAAAUUGAAAUUGGUGGAUUGAUCAUCACAAAAGCAGUUUAUGGAAGUGCAAAAGCUCUGAAAAAGCUGGAUGAUGUGGAAAUAUCAAGUGAUGAAUUGUCUUCACAAGUUAUUGAUGUUACUAUACCUCUGAAUUUCUUGGUUAAUGAUUUGGGGCAACUUCAGCUUCAUGAAGGUGUGAAGAAAUCAGGCAUUAUGGGCUUUUGUGACCCAUGUCCAGGAGAACAUAAGAAACUGCUGGUCAGGUACACGUGCAACGGUCAAAACUACCAGGUGGUGGUUGAAGACUAUGCGGAGUUGCGGAUACCCCAGGAAGCUCACAAGCUCUAGACUUUUUCUUCAGUAACAAGAUCAUCAUCACCUCCCUUAAUCACCUAUGAAGCACCUAUAGCUGGUUUGAGGCCCAUAAAGCAUCACAAAGUUCAUCUUGUAGUCUUAUGUUCAACUAUCACAAAAGUAAAAAUAAAGACACACUAGUACAGUACAAUAUUUAUAGUUAUCUUCGUAUUGUGAUUAUCUGGUCAAUAAAUGCAAUAAUUAUGCCAUGUAUCAUUUUUGUUUGAGGGCAUUAAAUGGCUGGAACAUUUUUGUUUUCAA